GGCAUUCGGCUACGAACUGGAUUUUCUCAAAUCUGGAUCCGGAGUCACUUUACGCGGCUAUUUCAGCAAAUUUCAUCCUGUCAAAUGGCAAACCGGUGUAAAAUAUGUGUGAAAUUUGAAUUAUAUUUCGGGUAGACCAACAUUUAUCGCUUUGUUUGUAUAUUGGCAAAGCCAUUUUGUUGGGUUUAAAGAUUGCUGUACAAAUGUCAUUGUCGGUCCGAGAAUGUUUGGCUGUUCCGUCUUUUUGUGCUUUCUCGUGAGUUUAGCGGGGACAGUCAGGAAAACAAACAGAUCGAACGAAGAAAAAUCGAAAGCCGGUCGGUUGAAGAGGUUAUUUGGCGGGGAAUGACUCGCUUUCAUGCAUUCCUUAAUCGGUGCUUGUUGCUUUUCCUACACAUAUUCGUACUUUCGAAUAUCAUUCGUUUUGAACCGUGGUAGCAGCAGAGUAUAGUCUAUCCGCUUCGGUGUUGUGUUUUAAUGUCCGUGUUUACAGUAUCAAUUUGAGCUAAUUCGACGUCCAUCGAUAGAUAUUUACCACUUCAAAUUCGGUGUUAAACAUUUACCGCUAUGCAUACGAGGCGUUUGGUAAAGCGUUCGAUCCUGGGGAGCCGGGUGUUUACGCCGAGUCCGACAGGGGACGGGGCUCCGUUGACAGGACUUGUACAGGCUGUCAAGCAGCAGGAAAACAGAGACGUUUCAACCGGACCCCGGCGUAAUGUCUACAUGGUGUUAAUGCAAGACGGAAGCCUGAAAGAAUUCUCAGAGGACGAGAUAGCGGUGGGCUUCAACCAAACGACGGCGAAAGGACCGCUCAGAUCGAGCUUGAAGCAGAGCGUCUGGAACGGCCGGGGGAACGGGGCUCCUCUGCAGAGCCAGACCAUGGAGGCCCAGAAGGGGGAGGCCAACUCCCUGAGCCCAGAGGCGUUGAAGGGGGAGCGGGGAGCAGACGGUAGGAGGACAGGGCGCCCCCUUGAGGGUCCAGAGAGGGACCACACCCACUCUGUCUCCCUGCUGGAGCAGAAACGCAAGGUGGUGUCAUCCAGCAUCGAUGUGCCCAACGUCAGGAAGUCAGAGGAGGAAGUGGACAUGGAGAAGGUGACAGCUGCCAUGGUUCUGACCAGUCUGUCCAGCAGUCCGCUGGUCAGGAGUCCUCCUGUCAAAGUCAGUGAGUGUCUGAAUGGCUCGUGGAAGGACAGAGGUGGAGGCUUCACCCCCUCCAGUUACAGCAGCAGUGGCUAUUGGAGCUGGAGCGGCCCUAGUGACCAGUCCAACCCGUCCACCCCCUCCCCACCGCUCUCCGCAGACAGCUUCAAGCCUUUCCGUAUGCCCAGCAUCAACGGCCCGCCCCCCGACGACGCCAUCGACGAACAGGACGGCAGCAGCCUGCUCUUUGACGAGCCAAUCCCACGCAAGCGCAAGAACUCCAUGAAGGUGAUGUUCAAGUGUCUGUGGAAGAACUGUGGGAAGGUUCUGAGCUCGGCUGCUGGGAUACAGAGACACAUCCGGACUGUUCACCUGGGGCGUAACUGUGACUCUGACUGCAGUGACGGAGAGGAGGAUUUCUACUACUCAGAGAUCAAACUCAACACAGACUCGGUGGCUGACGGUCUGAGCAGCCUGUCCCCUGUCUCCCCCUCGGUGCUGUCCCCCGUCCCUCCCUCCAAUGACCGCCACAGACGACCCCCCGCAGAGGGCAGCAACGGGUCCAGUGGGAACAAGGAGAACCACAGCCACGCGCACUCAAACACCACGCCCCUCAGUCGCUCUGCCCCCAGCGCCCUCUACCUCAUCCACACUGACCAUGCCUACCAGGCUACAUCUCCAGUUACCAUCCCCUCCACUGGGUCAGGCUCUGCUGCCUCCACCUCCUUCACCCCCAGCAGCAGCUCCAAUUUCAGCAUCUCCUGGCAGUCACCUCCUGUCACCUUCACUGGCACCGCUGUCUCUCCCACUCACAGUCGGACUCAGAGCUUUGUAGAGCAGCGGCCCCAGACCAUAUCAGUCCUCUCCUCCCCUCCCAGAGCCACUGGCUCACUCAGCCGUAAGUCCCGUGGCGAGGGUAAGAAGUGUCGCAAAGUGUACGGGAUGGAGAACAGGGACAUGUGGUGCACUGCCUGUCGAUGGAAGAAAGCCUGCCAGAGAUUUACUGACUGAUUUACUGACUGAACCAACCAAGUAACCAACCGACCAACCGCUGUGGCUGCAUGCCCUUCGCCAUGGAAAUCAGGGAUGUUCCUUUCUGUUCCCUUCCUAAGCAUGCGUUAACGUCACUCCAAAACCAAUGAUCAGUCUACUCCAACCCGACCCCUCCCUAACCCGACCCCUCCCUAACCCGACUGUCUAUCAGAACCAACAGGAUGGAGCUUACAGCUGUCCUGAGUAAAUCCCAAGUUAACUCUAGCUCCCUCCCACUUCCAACCUCGGAAGCAACAACCAACACGCAGCUCCAGCUCUAAAGAUGACGACAACAUCAAAAUAACUCUGCUUUUUAUAUGUUGAGUUUGUUGUCUCUCUUCUUUCUAUGUUUUGAAAAACAAAAGGCAUCUCAGAUUUUUUUUUUUUUAAAGGAACAUUCGUCAGGCUAGAAGGGACCAGAAAACAGGCUUCCAUUGUCCAUAGAAGACUGGCCAUUUUGUUUUAUCUUUGGGAGAAUCAAAAGAGAGGAGGGGAAAGAUCCUUCUUUCCUCAGUCCCUUUCUCUCUGUUCUAUCCUGUACAGUCUGGAUCUCUACUCCCUCUCUCCUCCGUCGUCACCCCAGGGAAUGGAUCUUGUGUGUCUGGACUCGGGAGGGGUCGAUAGCACCCCCUGGUGGGGGAAAAUUGAUCAAUUCCAAAACAAAUACAAAUACCCAGUCAGGGUGCUGAACAGACUAACAUUGCCAGCAGCAACAAGCCCCACACCACAACGCCGCAAGCAAUUCAACACACAGCAACACAGGACAACACAGUUUUCUAUCUCAAAUGUAAUGUAUAUCUAUCUAUCUAUCUAUCUGUCUGUCUCUGUUCCUGUCCCUCUGUCUGUCCAUCUCUCCAGUUUACUGAAGCUAUUAAGGGACAUUUUCUUUCAGAAAUUGUCGAUCAACAGAAAGCCAGCAGCUCACAUUUAAAUAUAGUUAUUUACAAUGAGGGUUUUGGUCACAUGGUAUCUACUUGCAACCAAAAAGUUUGUUUGUUGGGUUUUUUUUUUAUAUGCCAUUUUCUUUCAUGUUGUUGUUUCUCGGUAUCUAUUCUUCUUGGUGUUUUGAAACUCCAAUGUUACAGCUCCCCGACACUCUUUGGGCUGAAACAACCAAGCUGCCGACGGCUAGUCCAGCCGUAAAACCCUCCUCCACACCCCAUCUUCCAUCAGGAAUUUGAACUAACGUUUUGUUUACGGGCGCUAUACUUUACCAAAGCCCCAAGAUGGAGGGUCUGCUCAAUACCAAAAUUGAGUGAGGUGAAUGAGCACUUGUAAAGGCAGUCUCAGUGGAUGAUCUUGUGUUGAGGUGGGGUUAACAUCUCUCUCUCUCUCUCACACACUACUCUGUCCUGUGUUGACCUUCCAGGUUGAUGGGAGAAAUGAUGGUAAAGUAGUGGUAGUAACACCAUGCUGUGGCCGGGCCAGCCUAGACCUGCCCACUAGGCCCUGGGCUGUUACACCUAGAGGUGGGAAAAGGCUGAGGGAAUAUAUAGCACUCCAAUAUCUCUCUCUCUCUCCCUCUACAUCUCCCUCUCUCCUUCUACAUCUCUCUCCCUCUACAUCUCUCUCCCUCUACAUCUCCCUCUCUCCUUCUACAUCUCUCUCCCUCUCCCUCUACAUCUCUCUCUCUCCCUCUACAUCUCUCACUCUCCCUCUACAUCUCUCUCUCUCCCUCUACAUCUCUCUCUCUCAAGCUACAUUAAUCUCUCUCUCUCUCUCUCUUGCUCUACCUACAUCUCUCUCCCUCUACAUCUCUCUCUCUCCAAUUGGGCAGGCACAGCAAUCUUUCUCUCUCUCUGGACUAAAGUAUUCAGAAGCUCUGUGAUAGGUUUAACUGUGUGAUUGACAGGUGACAGAGGCCAACCCACUGGUGCAGCUAGCUGAUUGGUUUUGUUGACUUGUCUAACUCCACCCACUUCCUCUUGAUGAGACCAGCCACCUGGUUGUCUGGGACACAGGAAGCUAAGUCAAAUGGUUUAUUCAUUUUGAAAGUGACGUUACUGUACUAUGCUUUUAAAUCCAUGCUGAGGAGUAUGCAAGUGCGCAUUUCGGGAGAAGUGUGGAGAAUCGGGACGUUGCCUAAUACUCUUAUAUGAAGGACAAUAUAACAAGGGUUAAAGGUCAAAGAAGUACACACACACACACGCACACACACACACACACACACACACACACACACACACACACACACACACACACACACACACACACACACACACACACACACACACACACA